UCGUUUGUGGAACCUCUUUGCGGGCGAGCCGAUUACGCUGGCUCAGCGGCUGAACCAGCGCAUUCGCGAGCAUGAGCUGAGCAUCACGCAGCUCCACACUGCUACCAAAGGAACUGUAUUCUAUUGGCUGCAGGCGACGUUCCCGUCCCUCUUCGGCGCGGCUGACGAGGCCUCCAGGGCCGCCGAGCUCGCGUCCCGGACGCUUGCUAGUGCGACCUCCAUCGCCGAGAAGGAGGAGGCCCUUGAGCAGCUGCAGGAGAUUGCCUACUCUCUGGAAAGCCACUUGUGGUAUGAGAGAGUUUUCCUGAUGCUCUCAGGGCUGCUCGUGUUGCUGUAUGCCUCCUGGCGCAUGUGCAGAAGCACUCAGAAAACCUGCGGCGCGCGAGGACCAGGAGCUAAGGAAUAGGCUUCUGCCCUCGGCACCGACGGCAGAGGACACCGCGCACGGCUUUUUCGAAGCCGAGACCGAAGCCGAGGCCAAGACCGAAGCCGAGACCGAAGCCGAGGGGAUCGUCCAGCCGACGGCAGAGGAGACCACCCAGCCCGAGGAGGUCGUCUUGCCCGAAUCAGCGGAGGGUCACCCAGAGGAGUCGCGUGAGCCCGAGACCAUGGCUGAGACCGAAGCCGAGACCGAAGCCGAGGCCGAGACCGAAGCCGAGGCCGAGACCGAAGCCGAGGCCGAGACCGAAGCCGAGGCCGAGACCGAAGCCGAGGCCGAGACCGAAGCCGAGGCCGAGACCGAAGCCGAGGCCAUGACCGAAGCCGAGGCCAUGACCGAAGCCGAGGCCGAGACCGAAGCCGAGGCCGAGACCGAAGCCGAGGCCGAGACCGAAGCCGAUGCCGAGGCCGAUGCCGAGACCGAAGCCGAUGCCGAGACCGAAGCCGAGGCCAUGACCGAAGCCGAGGCCGAGACCGAAGCCGAUGCCGAGACCGAAGCCGAUGCCGAGACCGAAGCCGAGGCCAUGACCGAAGCCGAGGCCAUGACCGAAGCCGAGACCGAAGCCGAGGCCAAGACCGAAGCCAAGACCGAAGCCAAGCCUGAGACCGAGACCGUCCACAUCCCCAGUCUGUUCUAGAAGUUCCUGUUCGAGCGCCUGUCUCUGGCGCAAGGCUUCAGCGACGAUGUGGAGAUCAAGGCCCCUCGGGAUUCUGAGGACAAG